AUGUUACCUAUGGGCUUUUGCAUAAUAAGGGACGAGCACUACUGGUUUCUCUCCUGCACCGUCUCCUUCGUCAGCAUCUUAAUGGCUUCAUCUUGUUCUGCCAAAUCCAUAAUCUCAUCCUCAAGCUCUAACGUUUCAAAGACAAAUAAGAUGGUUGAUGAUUCAUACCCUUGUGGUUGUGGGUUCCCAUCACAAAUUUGGACUUUAACCACUAAAAAGAAUCCUGGGAAAAAAUUUAGGGUUUGUCCCAACCGACUGGAUCCAAACACACCAAAUUGUUCUCUUUGGAAAUGGGUUGAUGAUGAUGAAGGAGUAAGAAACACGAAUAAGAGAGAUGAAACAGAAAUAAAAGUAGAUUCCAUUGAAGUGAGGAUAUCAAUUUUGGAAAAAGAUUUCAAUGAGCACAAAGGGAUAGCAAAGAAGGAAUAUAUUACUUUAAGUAAGGAAUUGACACAAAUGAGUAGGAAAUUACGAUUUCAGAAGUGGUUCAUAAUCAUGAUUUUUGUUGUGUUUUUAGUGAAAUUAAUGAUGUAG